GACAGAAAGGAGCAGCGACGGCUGCAUCAGCAUCAGCAUUAGCAGCAUCAGAGCAGCGGCAGCAGCAGCAGCAAAGGCUGAAGCAUCUGUCUGUCCUCUGUCACUGCCAGUGGAAAGCUGAUGGAAGCAACAGUGUCAUAAAGAGAUGGGCUAGUUAUCCCCCAGCUGCCGAGAUCGGGAGACAUUUGGGGCUGCUUCUCAUCUGUCGUUCCAAUUAGAAACCAAAGUGCAACAGACGAGAUGCAUUUUCCAAAAUAAGACAACCACGUUUUACAACCAUGAAAUGGGGCCCCUUGCCUUUCGAUGCCUCCCUUCCCGUAGCUGAGGCUCUUUGGGGAAAACUGUGUGUUGGAAGCGUUUCCCUCUAGUGCCCGGGGCUCUGUAAGGAAGCGGCUGCGUAAACGCAGAAGAUAAAUGAAUGGAAUCAAGCCCACUGCUACGCUUUCUGUUGGAGAAUUCCGCCAGCAGCCGCCAACCGAGUUGCCUUUCCAGGCAGCUGAGUCACAAACAAGAUUUGCCGGAGGUGAGUUCCUCAUAUCCUUGUUAAGGUUCUGGAGGCACGCCUUCUUUUCAUACAAACCUUUCAGACAGAAGCAGCUUCAGCAGACUUCAAGGGGGUGGGUGGUGCCACUGUAGAACUGUAACUGCCAGUCUUGCCGGACAGGGUCUGGGAGAGAAAGCCAAACGACAUCUCGGGAUUCAAAAAGCGGGUGCCUAUUCCCCCCCCCACCUACCCCAUGACUGUCGCCUGCUAAAGACCCGAUUCUGCUUUUACUGCUGUGAUCGAAACCCGGGAAGCUGCACAGCUGGGACACUCGGUGAAGGGAAAGGGAGCCGGCUGUGAAACCCGACACCCAUCUCUCUGCAAGCAAAGGAAACUUCGCACGCUGGUCCACCAAGAUCAGCAUUAUGACUGAUGGUGACUAUGAUUAUCUAAUCAAACUCCUGGCCCUUGGAGAUUCAGGGGUGGGGAAGACUACAUUCCUUUAUAGAUACACUGACAAUAAAUUCAAUCCCAAAUUCAUCACUACAGUAGGAAUAGACUUUCGGGAAAAACGUGUGGUAUAUAAUGGUCGAGGACCAAAUGGAUCUCCAGGAAAAGCUUUUAAGGUACAUCUUCAGCUUUGGGAUACGGCUGGACAGGAAAGAUUUCGAAGUCUUACCACAGCGUUUUUCAGAGAUGCUAUGGGCUUCUUAUUAAUGUUUGAUCUCACCAGUCAACAGAGCUUCUUAAAUGUCAGAAAUUGGAUGAGUCAACUGCAAGCUAAUGCAUAUUGUGAAAAUCCAGAUAUAGUAUUAAUUGGCAACAAGGCAGAUCUUUCAGACCAGAGGGAGGUCAAUGAACGGCAAGCCCGAGACCUUGCAGACAAAUAUGGCAUUCCCUAUUUUGAAACAAGUGCAGCAACAGGGCAGAACGUCGAGAAACCUGUGGACACACUUCUGGACUUAAUAAUGAAGCGCAUGGAGCAGUGCGUGGAGAAGUCACAAGUCCCCGAUGCGGCCAAUGGAGGAAAUUCGGGGAAGCUUGAUGGGGAGAAACCAGCCGAAAAAAAGUGUGCUUGCUAGACUUCACCUUUUUAAACUGAGAAUCAAGAACCUCACCCAAACAGUUGAUCAGAAAAUGGUUGACAAGCCACGUAAUUGAUGAGUGAGCCUUGCACAGAUACAUUUUCUUUUCUUUUCUUCCAGAGAAUGAAUUUUAAACAACACCGUGAUCAUCAGUAUUCAGUGGGACUGGACUAUGAGCUAUAAGGCCUGACAGUUCUGAGUUUGAGCUUUCUCAACACAAUCUCUCCAUCAGGGACAGUCGACUCUGUUGGUGGUUGUUUUGUUGUGUUUUUUUUUUAAUUUUACAAAAGCAUUGAAAUCCUCCAGUUAGUAAAUGAAAAGUGUGAGGGAGCCUAAAAUCAGAAAGAAAUGAAAUCACUAGUUGCAUAUGGGUGGGGGGAGAGGGGACUGAUAAAUUGAUUACUGAGGAAGAACAUGAAGAAAGGGCACUUCUUAGAUUGUUUUCACUUAUAUGGAGACUAAUGAUUCAUACUUUUUGUGUUUGCAUUGGUAAUAAUGUAUUAGCUGAAGAAAAUCUGCAAGUGACGAAUUCUCUGGAGUUCAUUAAAAAUGACCUUAUUUUAGGCACACGGUAUGUACCUUGCCCUACUAAAUUACUGAUAAGGUGAAUGGGAGGAUAAAUAUCUAACUUUCGAUUAAAAUCAGGGAAUUGUGUGAUAAUGUCAUUUCUGUGCUCCUGGCAAAUGGCAGGUAGAAGAUAACAAGAUUAGAUAGGAUGACAUAUAGGCAAAAUAACCAAUCCAAGAAAGGGCAUGGAAGGUUGACAUUAGCUAGUACUGAAAGGAGAUGUAUAAGGUGUAGCUUUCUGGGAGAGCAAUUUAACCAGACUUCAUGCGUGUCCAAGUUGAAGCUGAUGUUACCACUGGGGGUGACAUUGAGAAUUCCAGGGGCUUCCAUUUCCAGUGAAAGGUCGUGAGGCAGCAUAGUGUUCACUCAGCAACACUUUUCCUUUUUCCACUAAAUGUCACUCAGACACAUGGAGUUUCUCCUUCAUGGAAUGUUAUAAUUCAGUUUCAUUCUCAAAGAAGCCAUCUUGGAGACUGUUGGGCUUUUCAUCUCUUCUUUGUAGAAUGAACCUCAGUGAAAUAUUUUGUUUUCUUUUCUUCAAAAGUAAAAAGUGAUAAUUGUAGAGAAUUAGGAAAGUCACAGACAUCCUGAAUCACACUUUUCUCCCACUUAGUUCUUUUUGUCAAAAAUGCCAUUCCAACUCAACUAAUCUAGAACUACUGAAAAACUGUAGUUUUUUGCUUGGAUUCCCUCUGAAUUUGCAGAUCUUCAGGGAGGCUAUGAAGAUCAUAUCACGAUAUGGUUCAAUACUUAAUUUUAACCCAUGCUUUUAUUUUUACCUAUUUCAAGGAAAAUGCAAAGUAUGGAGACACAUUUGGGGAGGGGAGAAUGGAAUUUAUUUAAGUAAGUUCAUCCCAACUGUGUAUUUCACAGGGACUGGUUUAUCAUUAUGGCUAAACUAUUCUCAGAUUUGAUCCACAGCAAUGAUAUUAUAAGGUCUUGAUAAAUAAACAUAUAAAAACUUUCCCAUGGAACUUCAUUCUUUACACAAUAGUAUAGUCACUCUUAACUAUGAAUUAGGUGCCUGAUGAAUAUAUUACUUUAUUUAAUAGAGAUAAAGAUCCUUAACUUUUUUUCCCCUUUCCUUCAGAGUAGAUACUUUUUUGAAAACCAUUUUUAAAACCAUUUUGAAAACCAUAGCUGAUAUCUAUGACCAUAGAAGUGGGAGAAAUGUUAAUGAUUAUCUCCUUCAUUCGUUCAGAUAAAAACAUCAUUUUCCCUAUCCAACUAUAACAGUGUCUUCUCUGGCCGUUCCCAUUUCCUUCUACCUUUUAUGCCUGAAAUCUCCAGUUUUUAUACUUUUUACCCCUGCAUUACUCUGAUAGAGAAUCAUUAGCUUUUAUAGGGUCCAAAAAGGCUGUGUGUUCAAUUAGAUGACUUUAUGUCUAUUUUUAUUCGUAGUCCCUAUAUGGCCUCUUAAGUUUUGGGGGUCUUCAUGCCAAAGAACUAUUCUCUGAUAAUUGGGGAAUGAAAUAAAGGAUCAACAUGCCAACAAAGCUAUUGGACCCAAACUUGAGGUGGGAAGGUCAUGGGGCAGAUGGCUGUAGUGUGGACAGUCUUUGGAAAGGGCCAAACUAUGAUGAUUAAUUUAAACUAUAGCUUCACCUUCUGUUUGUAACAUCCUCUUUGGCACACACACACACACACACACACACACACACACACACACACACACAGAGUCUGGGUGCACUUCUGAUUGCCAGUUCUGAACCUCCAAGAUAAAGUCCAGAGCUCCUUCUUCACAUUAUUUUGGUGCCAGUAGAAGAUAGACUUUUUUUUUUUCCUAGAGAGACAUUAUUUUGAAGAAUUUAGACAGCUCUACUUUAAGGAAAAAUAAACCCUGUGUUUGGGGGAAAAUAAACCAACAUGAAAUUCCUCCCCCUUUAAAAUCCUAGCCAGCCAGUGUUUCUUAGUCAUCAAGGCACUGUUUUUUUUGUUUUUUGUUUUUUUUGUUUGUUUUUUUUUUCCCUCAAUGCCUCUGGUUAGAUUAUACUGUAUUGUUGGAAUUGUCCAAAAUGUAUGUGAAGUUCUUUUUCCAGUGUAGAUAUCAUCUCUGCGGGGAAAUCUGCGCUGGUUUGAUGUUUACAUUGCUCUUACCUGGUGCCUCAGGUAUUUCUGUGACCAAAAUUGGCUUUAGCCACAUGGCAUAUUUGUGGUAAUAUCUUAUUGCUUAGCAGCCUCUCUUGGAGUUUCUUACAGGGCUACAGAACUCUUAACAAUAACUCCAACUAAAGUCCACCUGUCAUAAAUCCAGCUCGCUGAAAUUGCCAAUCUUCAUUCCUUUGCUAAUGUUCCCAUUAGUCAAAUGUGCUUACCAUAAUUAAAGUUCAGGUUUAUCCUUCAAAUGGCAGGCCCUUUGGUGAACAUAGGUUGAGCAGAAUUGGAUUACAAAUUCACUUUUUUUCCAGUUUGGGGAUGGUAAGCCUUUGUGGAUUACCAGUCAGAACUCCAGAAAGCUUUCCUUACCAUGCAGGGCUCUGGAUAGCCAGCUUCCAAAUAAAGCUAUUCAGAGGACUUUGCAGACAGCAACCUAAAUUAGCCUGCUUUCAUGUCAUGCUAAGGUGUUGGCUAUCUCCUACUGCCAAAAUAAAUAAACAAACAAAAAUAAAGACCAGUAUUUUCAAAAAUGGUUGAGCAAGGACAUUAACUCUGAAUACAUUUAUCACAACCUGACCAGAAGGGCUGUGUUAGUUGAAUUUCUGUGUUUUAGUGGCUAUGAUUUUGUCACCCAACUAAGUACAUUGUCUUGUAUUGCCAGAGUAUCCAUUUGGAAUGCUUUGGGUGAGGUUUGGGAUAACCACUCCAUAAGGAAAAUUCUUAUUUUUGAUCUUUGCAAGGAGGAAGAAAAACCAGCUGUGGAGAAAAACUUGAUUUUUUUUUUCUGUGAAUCAAGGAGUAUUUUUAAAUUCUGAAUAAAGUUGAUUGGAAAACUUAGCCAAAAGUCUCUCUGCACUUAAAAUUUUGAAUUUCAAGGGACCCAAUUUACCUGGUCAGACCUUGAAAUAUGUUGUCAUUUAAAAAAAAAAGUUAAGUUCCACAAAGAAACCCCAGGAAAUUCAUGGAAUAAAAUUAUGUAAUGAGUGCUUCAUUUAACCACUGAUCAAGGGGCAUAGGCUUUGCUCCCCAGCAUGCUGUGUGAUCAUGAAGGCCAGCUAACUUCUCUUUGUCUCUGGUUCCUUAAGGAGGCAGGACUCCCUCUUGAUCCUUAUGUAUCUCACACAGAAGGUAUGAGAUCUAAGAUAUAUCACAUCCACAAAGCAUUUUGGAGAGAUGUGGUAUAAAACACAAGAUACAAAUGCAGUAAGCAUUUCAGAUUCCUGGUCUAGGGAGAAACUUUGUCCCCCUGACCCAGGAAGAUUUGAGUGUUGGAUUUAUCCAUCAAGAUAAUGAUUUUUCACUUCCAACUACCAGUGCCCUUUAGACUAUUAAUGGAGUCAAUUUUUUUUUGAGGCAAAUAUUUUUUAAAAAUCUAGAUUGCAUGUCUUUUAGUAAAGUUUUUUCCAUUUCCAAGGAAAUCUAUAAUAUCUAAAGAUAUCAUUUCGGAAUACAUCAAGGAUUUUAUUUCCUUCUUGGGUUUUUUAAAAGGGUGAUUUGAGCAUAUUUGAGGGCAGGGAGAAGUGAAGAAUGCUGAGGUGUGGUUUGAACACUGGGCACUGAGUGAAGGGCAUUGUUUGCUAAGCUUCAUGAUGAAGCCAUGAAAACAAUGAUCUGGUAUGAUAGCCAGAAGAGAGAUGUUAGCUGAGUAGCCUUUUAUUAAUCUUACUGCCUUAGUAUUCUUUUUGGAUACCAAAAGACAACAAAAUUUGGGAUUAUAUUUGUGUAGCCAGAGAUGAGUAAAGAAACAUGUUGUUAAAGUACAUGUGUUUAGGGGAUAAAAAGAGCUAUGUUUAAAGGAUUAAUUCUAUGUAGAAUAAAAGACAUUGGCAGGGAGCUUUUUUAUAUGAGAUAUAUAUAGGAAAUAUUUAUCAAUCACAUUUUCCCCCCAGAAAAUCAUUUAAUCGUGGGGGUGGGGAGGGUUGGAUGUACAAACAAAAGAGGUAUUUCUCUACUGGGUUUGCAGUUUGUUGUAUUUGGAGAGUAUUUCCUUUAUUCUACGUGAAUGAUGGUUUUCUUUUCAAUAAUGUUGUUGAUGGACUUGAGGAAUAGCAUCCCAAAGACCUUUUUUCAGUGACGUUCAUGUUCAAAGUUAGGGGUAUUUUUCCACUUUUCCAUUUGAAGAAAAGGUCAAAAAACUCAAUUUUGUAGCUGUGAGACUGAAUAACAGGAUGAAUCUAACAAUGACAUUUUUAGAGGAAAUUUCCAAACAAGUAACACUUUGGUAGGAUCUUUUAAAUUUUGCUUCUCAGGCAGAAUAGUUCAGUAAAGAGAGGAUUGGACAAGUUGGAGACCUUCCCUGCUGGUCUUUUAGCAAAUCACAUCUCUGUAGGCCUGUUUCCUUAAAUGCAAAAUGAUUAGAUGACCUCUAAGGCCCAAUCUAGUUCUAGUUGUCUCUGAUUUCCUUUACUCAGCUGAAAGAUAUUGGCAAUGACCCACCACCCCCAUGUAUUCUAAUGUCCCAAGAAUAGAUUGAACAUGAACUGAGGUUUCCAUUCUUAAUGAUUGAUUUAUUUUAGUUUACAGAGUAGCUAUUGUUCUUAUUAAUUGAUGUUAGCUAAGGCAAAAAGCUGUUUAUCUGGGUGGCAAAACAAUGUGUUUAAGCUUCCUCUUCAGUUAUGCUAUUUUUAAAAGGCUGUUUUGCAUGCUAAGAACAAUCCAGGUGACCUCUGCUAUCAUGUACACAUACCUGUGACUUCACAGGUGUAGGAAACUGCCAGGGUAGAAAUUCCCUCCACCAAUGUAGAUUAUCAAUUGUUUUGCAAUUUAGAGUUGCCUAGGGCAUUUGGACUUUAAGAUGCCCAGUGUUAACUGGGUCACAUAGCCAGUAUGUGUCAGAAGUGGGACUUGGACUCAAGUCUUCCAGAAUCUGAGGUGGCAAAGGAUAACAGCCAUGAGUUCAACCAUGAACGUGGGAAAAGUGGCCAGAUAAGGAAAAUAAAAUCACUUGAAUGGAAACAGUACUCGAAUAGAGGCUGUGAACCUUGGACCUCUUCAUUCGAUCUGUGCAUACUUCUUUUCAAGUACAGCAAAAUAAGAGAUGAGCUCUCCUUCAUCUUUUAUUUCCUCAUGUACUUCCUUUGAGGCUGCCAAUUACAUUACCUUAAAAAUGUGUGCCAAUGUGGUGAAACUCCUCAUUGUAUAAUAGGGCUUUUUUUGUGAACAUAUCCAUGUAAGAGAUGCUGGUUGUAUCUGAAAUUAUUUAUGGAAACUAAUUUGUCCUACUCUAGUCAUGUUUUUAAAGAUAACCAUUGUUUUGACUGUAAUAGUCAAGUAUUUUGCUGUUUCCCAAAUUUGCCCUUAGAUAAUGUUUUCCCUAAUGUUGAGUUAUCUUGUGCAGUUUUCUGGUUUUACGUCAGUCUUCAUAGGUCCGAAGAUGUUUUGUAUUAGUACUAUGAAUGUCAUUUAAACCUUUUAACAUGGUAUUUUCUCUCUAUAUGCCCCUCAGUAGACUGUGGUGCCUGACACUGUUAUGUUAUCAUUUUGUUGUACCAAAGUUCCUAUGGCUUAAAAAAAUUGUCCAAUGAAUCAUUGGUGUCUGGGUUUGAAUAAUAUGGUCAAGGAAUGUAUCCUGUGAUUGUUUCUGCACUUUUCAAAUAAAAAUGCAUUUUUACCAGU